UUCUUCACGUCUCUCGAGGGAGUCCGCUAGCAGCUCCAGUUCGUCUGACUUGGUCGGACACCCAAUGACUCAGCGACACAUCGACAAUGUCUCGACUUCCCAAGGUCACCUACUCAUCCGGCAGCAAGAUGAUGAUGAUGAGGUCUCUUCGCUUCCGUCUGGCCUGAACACACCCGCGGCCGAGGCAACCAUCCCUCUGGCCCCAGCAGCUCAAGGCAGGCUACGUUCAGCGAGUCUAGGAGCAUUCAAAUUCAGCUCUCAUAUUCUUCCACUCUCACAAAGCUCGGAGCCCUCUCGCCACUCUCAUCGAGUUGAAGCCAAGAUCCCUACCAUAUCUGCAAUUGGUUUAGUAGUGGGUCUGCAGGUAGGGUCCGGUAUCUUCUCCUCCCCGGGCAUGCUCAGUCAACAUGCAGGCAGCACCGGUGCUUCUUUAAUCAUUUGGGUCGUGGCGGGUACAUUGGCUUGGACAGGAGCAUCAUCCUUUGCAGAGCUAGGUUCUGCUAUCCCACUGAACGGUGGAGCACAGGCAUAUUUGAACUACGUGUUUGGCUCAUGGGCCUCGUAUCUAUUUGUAUGGACUAGCUUAGUCGCUCUCAAGCCUGGUUCCGCCGCUAUUAUAUCCAUCGUUGGAGGAGAGUACCUAUGUCGCAUAUUUUAUCAUACAGCUUUUACAGCCGCACCUAGCGAAUCGGCACACGCCAUCCCAUUAGCGGUCAUCAAACUCGUCGCCAUAGUUCUCUUGCUUGUGGUUUCAGUGGUCAAUGGUCUUUCGGAUCGGCUAGGAAAUCACGCUCCGAUCAUCCUUACCGUGCUUAAGCUCGUCAGCUUGUUGGCAAUCGUGAUCAUGGCACUGGUACGGGUGGGACAAGGCCGCAUGUCCGAAAGCUUUUCAGCAGCUAAACUAUUCGCAGGCACCUCCCACUCACCUGGUGACUUUGUACUAGCGCUGUACUCGGGACUGUGGGCGUUUGAUGGCUGGGACACGAGUAACUACAUUGCCGGAGAACUCAAGAACGCGCGAAAAACAUUACCAGUAGUCAUUCAUGUGUCCAUGGCAACGGUCCUGGUAUUAUUCCUAGCCACCAACGUUUCUUAUCUAGCUGUCUUACCACUGAAAGUCGUUGCCCAAUCGAACACCAUUGCACUUGACUUUGGGCAAGAAUUGUUGGGCGCAGCUGGGGGAUUAGUCUUUUCUUUGAUUGUGGCUUUGUCGUGCUUUGGGGCUCUGAACAGUUCGGUGUUCACCACUGCUAGAUUAGUGUCGGUUGCAGCCCAAGAACGGUACAUUCCAAGGAUGUUUUCGCAUAUUCAUACUACAAGAAACACGCCAAUAAAUGCACUGGCGUUACAAGCAGCUUUCACCACAUUUAUGAUAAUCGUUGGUGACUUCAAGUCCUUGGUUGGAUUCUACGGAACAUGCUCUUGGUCCUUUUAUCUCUUGACAAUCAUCUCCUUGUUGUUACUCAGAAUUCGAGAACCUCAUCUAGAAAGGCCAUAUCGAACUUGGUUAAUCAAUCCAUUAAUAUUUGCUUGUGUAGCUCUUUUCCUACUUUUGAUCCCGAUCUUCUCAGCCCCGAUACAGUCUUUGGCAGCAUUCGGUUUCAUUGCGAUUGGACUACCUGCUUACUAUCUAACCACGCGGCUGCAAGGUGAAAAUGCUGGCUUUCGUACAUUGUUUACCCGGCAAUCAACCAGCGAAAAUGCUAUCCCAAAUAAUGUUGGUUAUGAGGAAGUUCACAACACCCAGCCAGCGGACGACUCCGAAGAUGAAGAUUCAACUCCCUCAGUAAAACCCAGAUGACUAUUCUGAGCUGUCUGGAAUUCACUGGCUACAAGAUUUAGUAAUGGUGAAAUGAACACCCUUGCUAGCUUUUCUUUUUAAUAAUGAUGAUCAAUCUUGGGUUCUACGAUUUUUAGACACUAUGACAUCCAUUUUUUGAGUUGCUUGGUUUUUUUCUCUGCAUCGUGUAUUUAGAAUUAGUUCAUGAUAGAUUCUGAGCACAUUAGCUCUUUCAGGAAACACCAACUUGUACCAAAUUUUCUUUCUCUAGCCUACACACUAACAUAUGCAUUGCAUCGCUAACUUUGAUAUGAUC